AUGACUUUCACGGCGAUGAGGAGGAGUGAGCAUGGAACCCUUCAAAACAUGCUGGGAACAGAUCUCAACGAACUCGCUACCGCUGCUAAGAACCUUGCUAAUCACACCUUCAUGCUCACUGGUUUAGGCUUUGGUACUUCCAUCCUCGAAUGGAUUGCUUCAAUACUUGUUGGUCUUGGAUCGAACUAA